CGAGCAGCUGCCCAGAGUCUGCGAGGGACAAAGCAGCGACGGACGGGGACAGCCCAGGACAGGAGCAGCACUGGGGACAGGCCGGAGCUGGACCCAGUAUCACUGCUGCCCAGAGCUGCAUGGGGCUACCCUACCAAGAUGAGAUUGGGUCCCUGACUUUUUGGGGGGCUCUCCCUAGUACUGCUGCCCUUUACAGAAGACAAUGGAUUUGGCAAGAACCCAGAUGUAGGGAUGAAAAGGAACACUGCAAAGUACCUAUGGAAACCUGUACCACAGAGCAAGCCUCUUCCAUGCGAUCGGUUCAAACAUGCCUGCAGCAUCUGCAGAGGGUUUGUUUAUCUUUACGGGGGUCGAUGCAACAGCAGCCUAAGUGACUUCUGGCGGUACAAUAUAGCAAGCAACGAAUGGGAACAACUGGAUUGUUCAAAAGAUGGCCCAGAAGAACUGGAAGAACAUUCAAUGGUGGCUUAUCAGGACAUCCUCUAUAUUUUCGGUGGGAUGGUGGAUUCUGCUUUUAUGCAAGCGAAGAUCCCUCUCUGGAUGUAUGACAUUGAUUCAGCGAGAUGGACUGAGUUCCGGCACACAGCAGUGGAGAUUGAGAGCAUUGCUCCAGCUAACAGAAAGGGCCACAGCGCAGUAGUGUACAAUUCCAGCAUGUACAUCUAUGGGGGAUACUUCGACAUCAAAGGGAUUUCACAAGAGUUUUGGGCUUUACAUUUUGAUACAGGAGAGUGGUCAAAGGUAUCUCCACUGUCUUGUGAUGCUGGUCCAGGACCCCGGCAUGGUCACUCCGCUGUGGUUUACGGCACGGGCAUGUACCUGUUCGGAGGACUGAUGGGGCUGAGUGAACAGAGGGACUUAUGGAAGUGGGACUUUACAAGCUGCAAGUGGUCGACUAUCAGAACAAGCCAAGGUCCUCCAAAAGUGGUGGGACACUCUUCUGUGGUCUUUCAAGACUCCAUGCUGACUUUUGGUGGAGGGAUUUCAAACUCUAGGCCUAACAACAGCCUGUGGAAGUACCAUUUCAGUUCCCAGAUAUGGGAAAAACUGGCUAGUACAACAGAGGUAAUUCUUUCUUCUAAAAGGUAUCACCGCAUCCUGGGAAUUGGUGUUGGUUUCCAACUGACGCCAGGUUUCUCUGGGGCAUCCCCCAUCAAUCACUGGUGUCCAAAGGGGAAAGAGCCUCAGAAGUUGGUGUCGGUCUCAAAGCAGAAUGCCCAUUUUCAUGGCUACUUUCGCCAGCAGCCUGUACACCAACCAUUCAGCAACGAUGGUGGCAACGAGAUAGAAAUGAAGACCUUUAGCCAGCCUCUGGAGCCACUGGGCUUUUGCUCAUUCCAAACCUCUUCAGAGGCAGAACUGUGUGCAGACAAAGCACAGAGCAUAUUUUCCAAAAAUGAGCAUUUCUCCCACCUCAUCGCUUCCCAAGAACAAGCUCUCACUGCUGCUGAAGUUACAAAAAACAGAAGAGGAACUGACUGUCAGCCUGAGAGACCUACGAGCAUGGCAGUUACCAACCAUCCUGAUAUGCUGCUCCUGAUUGGGGGCAAGCCCCUGUCCAGUCUCUGUGAAAUCUCACUCUGGCAAAUGGAGCUGAACAGCAUUUAAAUGACACACACAUAAGAGAAACAUUCCCACCUGCUUCUCAGCAGAACUAACCAGGAAGUAUUAUAUCCAGUGGCCUGCUUCACAUUUUGGGUGAAAAACAGUCUUCCUAAUAACUGACCUGAACUUCUUUUUACACAAUCUCGGUUCAUGCUCUUGGUUUUGUGCGGUGGAGAGAUUCCUACCCAGAUCCUUGUGGGAUCCUCUUUUAACCCAAAAGUACAGUAGAUCUCCUUGCAACCCCCUCCCUAAGAACAACCUAUUGAGCUCCUGAUUCCACCCUUCUCUAUAGUUGCCUAGUCUUCUGGUCACUUUCUAAGUCUUUUUCAAGUUGGUGGCCAAUCCUGUGUACAGUCAUGGAACCCUUUAGGUUAGAAGGGUCCUCUGAGUGGGUCCUUCUAGGCCUUACAAGCACUAUUUGCAGAAUAAAAUGUGCCAAUUCUGCCUUGACUUACACCAAGGCAACCCCAUCAACAUCCACGUAAAUGGGUCAAAAGUUGGUCCUCUUGAUAAAAGAUUAUGGUAUUGGUUAAUGCACAAUUUUGAACACUAUUUGGAUGUAUUUAAACAUGCUACCGCCACAAUAUAUUUGAUUCAUUUAGGGGACAGAUUGCAGAUGGCAAACACAGGUCAGUGUAGACAACUGUCCAAGAGUCAGACUGGAACAAAGGAAGAACAUAUUGUGAAUGCAGUGUUAUGCUGGAAGCUGUAUUAAUGGCUACCAUCAGCAGGUCUGUGAUCUGUAAACAAUCACAGACCAGGUUAAAGCUCAUGCAUGUUACUUUCAGGCUAAAUGGAAGGAGGAAUUACAUCCUUCUUUAUGUAGUGAUAGCUAGAAGCAAUAGGAGAAUAGUGCAUAAGACACUGGGCCAUAUGGUAAAGUCUGAGCAGGUCUGAGGGUUUCCCUAAGGGGCCCUCUUGCAAACACAGAGUCUAGAGAUUAUUUGGCAAGCUUUGUAUGUGUUCAAAAGGAAAGUGAGGAAAGCCCAGAGAGGGAGAAGUGACAGAGCAUGCUGCAGAGGAAGACCUGGGAAUUGUUAAUAAAGGAACUGCCUGUUUAUUUCUACUGUGUUCAGGGAAACAGGACUUUGUGUUCAGUCUCUGUAAUGAAACAAGAUUGCACCAAAAAAUAUUCCUGACUCAUAUUACCAAUUUAUCCUUCUAACUGAAACAACCCUCAAGGUCCUGAGUAUGGGCUAAUUGUCUGGGCCAAGUGGGCAGCAGUAUUAUGCUAUUUAAAUGGAAGAUUUUGGGGUUUUGGAUAUAGAGACAGACCAGCAUACAGCAGCCAUAAAAUGAGCAAAUGAGGUCUUGAGUUGUAUUAACAUAGGGACUGACGAUAACACCAAAGGAGUUAUAUUGUUAGGCCCUGGUGGUACUUAGACCCCAGUUGAAUAUUUAGUGAUGUACUGAUCACCAUGCUGCAGGAAGCAUAGGUGGCCAUGGAGAAGCUAUAAAAUAGUGCUGCAAGAUAGAUCCUAGGACCUAGGACAUGAUCAAAACCUUGGACAUUUUCCUUCUGGAAAAAGAGAGAGCUUUUAACUGAGCUUUUUGGUUCAACAAAACGGAGUGAGAAACUGUUCAUGCUGACAGAGCUCAAAAAUUGGGGCCAGAGUCAAGGGGAAAUGCUACUUCCUUUCUAAUUUCUGCUUUAAUCCUUCAGCUCUGUCAUUUUAAAAAAAUUGUUUUCACAUGCCUUAAAAUAGCAAAGUGCAUAUCACACAUUUCCCUUCUAUAGCGAGUGCAAAGAAAAAAAAAAAGCAUCUCCAUAGAACUCAGUAGUGGCUUUCCUGCAAAUGCUGGGAAAAGUUGAAAGGUAAAAGUACUGAAUGUACAUGCACAAGCUACUGCAAUUUUUUUUUGCUAGAUGCUGCCAUUUCAUGGCCUGAUCCUGAGGAGUUUAGAGCACCCUCAAUUGCCACUGAAGAAUAUUCAGCACUUUUCAGGAGAUUCAGUACCUGGCAAGUUCAGGCUAUUUUUCUCAAUUUCAUGAUGUUUUUAAUAAUGUAUUUUUAUGACCCCAAACGUGUACCUUGUAAUGAAGGCCAAAUGUAGCAUAAAUGAAUGAGGUUCAGAUAUAUGGCAAAAGUGUUUGGGCCCUCCUUUUAUUUAGGAUUUAUUUUAGGAUGUUUUAAAAAAUCCCCCUCCAUCUAGUUUCAUUAAUCAGAUGUAUCACUUUUUAAAAUAGUGUCACAAAACGUCUGCCUUUAUUAUGUCAUGUAUUUGUCAGCCUAGCCCACAGAGCUAUUUGAUAUUUCCAUAUAAAUUAACUACGGAGUUAUUUAACUUAAUGGUUAAUCUUCAGCUUCUCUUAUUACUGCAGUCAAACUUUUAAUGAUACUGGUAGCAGUGUUAUUUUAAUACCGGCUACUUAAUCCAAAUACUGGUUUGAGGAGGGUAAUACGUUAAGAAACCAUGGAAUUAUUUCAGAUUGCUGUGAAGGCAGCUGAGAUGUACAUUAAUUCCUACAUCUGGAAAAGGAACAGUUCUAACUACACCAUCAGAGUACAGGAGAACCUCAGUGUUGCAAACACCUCGGGAAUGGAAGUUGUUUGUAACUCUGAACAAAACGUUAUGGUUGUUCUUUCAAAAGUUUACAACUGAACAGUGACUUAAUACAACUUUGAAACUUUACUAUGCAGAAGACAAAUGCUGCUUUCCCUUUAUUUUUUUAGUAGUUUAUGUUGAACAGAACACUGUACCUGCUUUUCUCUUUGUCUGCUGUUGCCUGAGUAUGUUCUUUCCAACCGAGGCAUGGGGUUGAAAGGUCUGCUCGUAACGGAAGUUCUACUGUACUAAGCCUGCAUUACUCUUCUACAAAGGGGUUUCUAGUCUCAAUCACGGACUUAUUUUUACACAUUAUAAACAUCAAACAAGGAAUUUACCUCUUUUGACACAGACAGGCAUGUUUCCAACCACUGAUUAGACAGUGGAGGUUCCAGGAGCCUCUAGGAUUGCCUAGACCCACAACACAGUCUCAAAUCUUCAGUAGAAAUGUAUAUGUGCGCUAUAUUUUGGGUUGGUGUGAAGUGACUGGUUACAGUGCAGGCUCUGACUGAACGCAGCUCCCUAACAAUUCGGCUCAGUGACAUCAGAGUUAAGCAUAGGCAGAGCACAUCAGAUGCAUGUUUUUCCCUGGCUUACUGAUGGGUCUGUUUUUAUGUCAGCCAGAGUGAGCUGUGUGGCCCCUAUUGACUUUUAUCUUCUCUAGGAUUGGUUGGGGAGAGAAAGGUUAUGUAGCUGCAAAGGGCAGCUGUAGAUCACCCCUAGAUGCCAGCAGAGACUGUUCAUUCGCUGGCUGACUUACUUCUAAGUCUUUAAAAACAAAUCUGAUUUGAUACUGGAAUGGAGGUUUUGAAAUUCAAAGAGAUCAGCCUUGUGUGUGUCAGUCACUUACAGACAGGAGCUCUCCUCCGUGGGGGCAUGAGUGCCUUUUUGCCAUGAAUGUUUGUAUUCCUAGCCUGCUGCCAUAGCAAGCUGCCAACAGCUUGAACUGAGCCCUCAGUAAGCAAUAUUUGCUUUCAGCACUGCAUUACUAUCAACUGGAGCAGCUUCCAUUUCAGUGCUUUAGUAACAGUUACUGUAGUUAAUGGCUGCGGUAAUGUUUUCCAGAAACCCUGAAUAGCAUCACCCUUUCCCUUGCUUGGUACCUAGUAAGAUUUUUAAUGAAAAUGUUUAUUUCUAAAAGGAGGGGAAAAGUUAGCCAACUUGAACAAAAUGCUCCAUAACCCCGUUACAGCUGCUCACCCUAUCUAUAUAUGCCUUUGGCAAGGAUUCAGGAAUUGUUAUUAGUUUAACCCUGGCCCAAGUUAGUAAUCACCAAAAGUCAUUACCAUCUGGUGGCACUGCAGUGGUCUGUGUGAAAUAAUCAGUGGAUCAGCUCCAGUUAGUAGCUAUCACCACCAUUAGCAUCUUUGUUGGCAAGUCGGGUGAAGGGACUCAUUCCUCUGCUAGGGCUGCUCACUUAAGCACAGGCAGCAGGCCAGCAUGGCAGGAGCUUGCACUGCUGCCAUCUGUCCUGUACCUCUUCACUGCCUAAAUAUACUAUUUUCCAAUGCUUGAAACAUUUCAUAAGCAGUACAUUCACUUCAUGAAGUGAAAGGGUAUAACCUGGCUAUUUGUAUUAACCUGUUCUGGAACUGCAAAUGUAUUGUUACAGCUUGAAAAGUGAGACUAGACUAUUUUAAAAUCUAGUAUAUUUAUAGAAUUAAGAUACAAGAACAAAUCUGAUCUUAUUGAUUUAAUAACUUUUUUUUAAGACACAGUAAAUCUACAUUAGGUCAGAAUAUUCUGAUUCUUUGUUUACCAUUGGCGACUCCUGAGCAACAGAAGAAACUGUAAAAGCGGCAAAGAUGCCUCCGACGAACUGGAUAUUCACCCACGGAAACUCAUGCUCCAAUACGUCUGUUAGUCUAUAAGAUGCUACAGGAUUCUUUGCUGCUUUUACAGAUCCAGACUAACACGGCUACCCCUCUGAUAGAAGAAACUGUGUUUAUCAAUAUCGAGGGCAGGGCAGUUAGCUCCAAAAUGGAUGUUUUAUUGUGAAUGAUAAGAGGCAAAAGUAAAUUUAGUUUUUCUAAUUCAAUAAAAGAAUGUUAAGUCAA